CACACGGCAAAGUUUCUUUUUGUUCCUCAGCCUGUUGCAAGAAUCAUAUACUAUGAAACUUACUAUCUAUCAUCUUUAAACUCAGAUUAGGUUUUGUUGCCAGCUCAAACUACAAGAACGAAGUCCAAACAGUAAGCUGUGAGGUAAAAAGGUAAGCUUGCCAUCAGAUCGAGGCACGACGUACAUAAGACCAUUCCCUUUUACUGGUCUGGGCUACUUUGGUCGAACUAGCGCUAUCGCGCGCAAAAGCACGGAGUAGAGGUGGAUUUCUCUUUUUACGUGCCUCACCAUACGAGCAAUGGAUCUAGAAAUAGCGCACGGCCGUAGUUAAUCGUUAUACCAUGUUAGAGAAUAGCGAAAUCGUUAAAAUUACCGUUAAGUCAUUUCAAUGAUCCGAAAAUCGCUAUAAUACGAUAGAUUAAGCGAUAGCGAAUAUGAUGUCAUUAAAAAGUUACCAAGAGAUUAUGAAAAAUUCAAUGCUUGAAGAGGAUCCAAACGGUAACUCUGAACUAGAACAGACUUUCACAUCAACGAAGAAAUCGCCACGAUGGGGCCCACAACAUAAAGGCGCACAAGAGCUUGCUAAGCUGUAUGGUCCAGGGAAACGUUUACAAGAGAUAAUUUGCGUAUAUACGUGUAUAACACUUAUGAUAAUUGAUCUGAUACUAAUCCUAAAACAUAUACAUUUUGAAAGACUGAGUGUGGCCUGUAUGUCGGCAAUUUGUGGUAUUAUAACUGCUGAUUUUGGAUCUGGCCUAGUGCAUUGGGCAGCAGACACAUGGGGUAGCGUUGAAUUACCAGUCAUUGGAAAGAACUUUUUACGACCUUUCCGUGAACAUCAUCUGGAUCCCACGUCCAUAACACGACAUGACUUCAUUGAAACUAACGGUGACAACUUUAUGGUUAGCAUACCCAUAUUGGGCUUCUUAGCAUACAGUUUCAAUACAAAAUCACCACAAGACAUUCAACAAGAUUUUGGCUGGAUUUCAUAUUUAUUUUUGUGUUCAAUAUUUGUGGCCAUGACAAAUCAAAUACACAAAUGGUCACAUACAUAUUGGGGCCUACCGAGAUGGGUACUGUUCUUACAGCAAUAUCACAUAGUAUUGCCGCGAAAGCAUCACCGUAUUCAUCAUGUAGCACCGCAUGAGACGUAUUUCUGUAUAACCACAGGCUGGUUAAAUUGGCCGUUGGAGAAAAUAAGAUUUUGGCCAACUUUGGAAGCAGUUAUCGAGUAUUCAACAGGCUGUAAGGCACGCGAUGAUGAUCUUAAAUGGGCCAAAAAAAUGACAUAACUGUAUUAUGAGCUUUCAUACUUUGGAUCUUCAUUUUGCAUAAGUAUAUUUGAAACAAAUUAUGCAUAUGUAACAGUAUGUACGUACAAAUGUACAUUCACAGAGUUUCCUCAAACUUAUAAAUUUUUUCAUUAAAAUCUUAGAUCAUUUUUAUUAAGCUGAAUGUACAAAUGCUGAAUAUACCUACAUAUAUACAAAAAUUACAAAAAGACAUAAAUUUGGCUUUUUAAGGUAUUUUCAAAACUUAUACACUCACACAUACAUUCAUUUUCACGGAAACUCGUGAAUAUUGUGAAAGCAUCAACAAAACAAAUUAUUAACAAAUAUCACAAGCUAUUAAUUUAAGUAAACACUCUAAGCUUUUUUACAAUUAUACACCACAUAGUGCUUAAUUAAAUGAAUAUAUCAUUUAUUAACAUUUUAAUUCUAAGCUUUUAAGAAACUAUUGGUCAAUUGUUUGAAAAAAAAAAACCAGUAAAGUACUUUUUACUCCAAAACAACAAAUUCAACAUUCCUUUUUGUAUUGUAAUGAGCUAAUUUUUAUUCAUACAUUUGUAUGGUAUAUAUGUAUAUCACAGCCGCAAAAACCGAAUAGCUAGCAUUACGUACUAACAUUCGGGAGGCCAGGUUUCGAAGGUAUUUUUGACAUGAAGCAAAAAAUUAUCAUAAAAAUACAUUGGCAGUUCGGAGGCGGCUUAGAAUAGGUUUUUCUCAUUUGCUGGUAAAACAUCCAGACGCACACCACAAAUUAGAUGCUUUAUGAUUAAUAUUAGUUUCCAAAAAAAAAACUAAAUUUUAUUGGCUUACUAUAAUUUUAUUAUUCAUAUGCAGUUUGGGUGAGUUCCAAAACGUCAAAAUAAAUACUUAGUAAUGAUACCACAUCACUACAAUGCAACCCUGCAUUCUAUAAAUUUACAAAUAUUUAUUAUAUGCAUAAAUAUUUUAUUUAAUUUUCAAACUCUGACUUUUUCGAACGCUUUUCGUGCAAAUAAGUUGCUAUUCGAUGAAAUGGCUAAAAGAUAAGACAGAUAAAAAAAAUGACUAAUAUGUUAAAAAAAUUAACGCAAAAAGCUUCAAUUACUCAUCAAUUACUUUACCAAUACAUUUUGGAACAUGCAACAUCGCUUGCACAGUUGAAUUUAGGCUGCAACUACCCAUUUCACUUACCAGCCGUCCAUAAGUGAC